ACAGAGGGGAGGGUCACCUCUGUCACAUGUUUCAGUCAUAUAAAAGUUGAUGAAACAGCAGCUUUCAGCUUCACUGUGAGCUGUGCAGAGACAAAGAUUCAGAGAGAAGAUGGCUUCACUUCCUGCAGAACCUGAUCUGAGAAUAGUGAUGAUUGGAAAAACUGGUGUGGGGAAGAGUGCUGUUGGAAACACCAUCUUGGGAGAACGUCUGUUCAAAUCUUGUCCCAGUGCAGACUCAGUGACUAAGUCUUGUGAAAAAGGUGUGACAUGCUGGGGUAACAGAAAGGUGACUGUGGUGGACACACCAGGGAUCCUGGACACCAAGGCCACUCCAGAUUUCCUCAAAAAAGAAAUAGUGAAGUGUGUGAAAGUCUCUUGUCCUGGUCCUCAUGUGUUCCUGCUGGUCAUCACAGUCGGUCGAUUCACUCCAGAAGAGAAGAACUCAGUGGAGGCUCUGCAGCAGCUGUUUGGUCCAAAGGCAAACAAGUACAUGAUGGUGCUGUUUACACGUGGUGGUGAUCUUGGAAACAUGACCAUACAAGAGUACAUACGUGAGGGUAAGGAAGACCUUCAACGAGUCAUCCAACAAUGUGGAAGCAGGCUCCACGUCUUUGACAACAACAGCAAAGACAGAAAACAAGUAGAGGAGCUGAUCAGGAAGAUUGAUUACAUGGUGGAAGGUAACGGUGGAUCAUGCUACACUGAUAAAAUGUAUGAAGAAGUUCAGGCAACUGGUGACAAGCAUGAAGACGCCUAUACCUUCAUUGCUGAACUUUUAAAACGCGUCGUACGUUUUCUAAAAGUUCUUGCAAGAGUUUAAAUAGCUUUAAUCGACGAUAAUCAACCUCAACAUAUCAUCUAUGCUGAGUGUAUUCAUGUGUGAAAAUAUGGAAUAUAUUAACCUCAGGUUAAGCUGUCAGUAAAAACAGUAAAAGACAAA